UCAAAUUCGAAUCGAGUGUUGUUUUGUAGGAAUGUCGACUGUUUUUAUGUUAUUAUAUUAGAAUCCCAUUAAAUAUUAAAACAAUGUUGUGUCUUUGACAAACCUUUCGAAAAUAAGUAAUUGUAACCCCGAGAUAUAAGCUUUAUGCAUAUAUUUCUGUAAAACACAUGUCUGCAAUUUUGUUAUUGUGUGAACUAUGAACGUCGUACAAAAUGGCAGUAAAGAGGACAGAGUUUCUUUUCGACAUGAGCUGAUGUGAAAUUAUGUUUGAAAUUGUGAUAUGUAUAGUCUUGUGAGUGUCGACAGUCAGUCAAACGUGAUUAUGUGUCUCUAGUAAUUAAAAUGGGUUCACAAACAUUGGAGAUAUUACGGCAGGGUAUAUGGGCAUCUUUAACUGGGGGUUGGUUUUAUGAUCCCCAUCAGAACUUAUUUUGUAACACCGUACAUUUGUACAUAUGGCUAUUCCUCCUUUGCUUACCCUUCUCCGUAUACCUGUACUUUCCACCAGCAAGUGUUGGUUGGGCAGUUUAUUGUGUUCUAGUGGCUUUGGUCUUUACUGUCCUCAAGGUAAUAAACCAUGGCUUGCACCACAUGUAUGAUACAAAGGAAUUAAUUGUUGUUGAAACAACAGAUGAAUCAGGCAACCCUACUGAGAAUGCUGCUCUACUGCAAUCCCGCAGGCCAGAGGAGGGUGUGGAAAUGCAAACCUUAAGUGCAGCUGCUGUUCCUCCAAGUGACAAUGACUCUGUUACUUCCCUUGAAACCUAUCAUAAACCAAAUAACAGUACUAUAGAUUUAAAAGUGGAUGUUCACCGUAAGAAUAGUUCGGAAUCUAGCAUGGAAGAUAGUGCAAUGUCUGGCAAACAGCUGGACCCAGUUGCUACAACUAAAUCAGAUUUGUGUCUUGCGCAGACAGCUGAUGCUGGACCAUCAAAAUCUCGUCCAACUAGAAGUAGAUCAAAAUCUGGUCAUAGGCGAGAUAUCCGAAGUAGACGUGGUGCACCUGGUAGAAUUGAUGAACUGGUUGCUGAAGAACAUAGAAAUUCCAGAGGUGAUAAAAAUCUACCUGUACAUAAUACGGAUGAAGGCCCAUUUGCUAAAGUCAGUCGUCGGUAUCAUGAGUGCCCUCACAGACGAGGCUCCAGCAAUAGGGAUUUCUUUAAAGAAUGGCUUUACUUGGACGGCGACGAGGCGGCUGUUGGAGAACCAUAUCAAUCCAAAUUUGCUAGACAACUGAGUUCAGAUUCCCGAGACAACUCGGAACCUAGUGUAGGACCACCUUCACCAAAGAAGAGACUGGCACAACGACGCAGAUACACAAAUUACCCAGAUGAAAGUUGUACCAAGUCUGCUGUGGCCCUUGCAACUGCACAAUCAUCAAAUAUGCGAAGAAAUUCCAACUCUACCAUGUCUACUAUACAGUUGCCGCUUCUUAAUUCAACCGCGCAGCUAGUUUCACAUAUGAGGAGACACUCUAAUAAUGCUGAUACUGGAUUUUUCGCUAGUGUAGAGUUAGGUGAAUAUAUGAUGGUCAAAGCUGAAGCACCAGCUGAGACUGAUAAAAGUAAGGGUAAGAGUCCGGGUGUUCGGAGAAUCAAAAGUGCUGCUUUAGAAAUUGGUUGUCCUCCCCCUAGUGUUUCCAAUUUAUCACCACAUCCCAAUAGUGCGGAAACCAUUGGCGGACAAGUGCUUAAAAAUCCAAAAAGUGCAGUUAUACCACCUCCUAGCAAGUGUCUCACCCGUGGUCCCCACUUAAAUUUAUACCCCAAGAACGAAAAUGGUGAAGGAUGUAGUUAUCCGUAUUUAAAUUACGGCUCAGAGAUUGUUUAUCCCAUAGCGGAAAUAUCUGAUGAAAUGCAGACUUCCCAAAAGGAAACAGACUUAGAUUCCAGCGGAGAAAGUUAUAGUGAUUAUGAAGAUGAAAAACAGUUUAGAGGAUUUGACUGGGAUGCAGAGCAAUCAUCUGCAAUGCGUUCUAGUGAUUCUGAUUAUGAGAACAAUGGUUCGAGAUCUCCCUUAUUAGAUAGACCUAAUGAUGUGCGAGUAGUUCGUACAAAAAAUCAACAUGAUUGCAAGAAACAUCCCUGUGAUCGAAUCCAAGUAGGAAAACACAAUUCGGGCUGCCCAAGUGAAAAAAAGCCUACAAGACUGAAAAAAUCUGCCAAAUCAGAUACCCGACACGAGGGUCAGGGGCAUCCUUGUGAUUGUAAAUACAAUGCAGAUUAUUUUGAUAAGGCUAGUGCAAGUUCAAAAGAUUUACUAAUAGAAAAAUCUAGUUUAGAAUCAAAUGACAUAGGCGAACCAUCGGAAAAAAGAGCAGAAGAGAAGCAGCCAGUGGAAAAAAAAGUAUGGGACCACGAUAUAUCUAAUUCUAGCAGUAGUAGUGAGGAAAGAAAGGUUGAAAAUAACGUUGAGAAACAACCGCCAGAAACGGAAGAGUCGCAACUUACUUGCGAUAGUAAUAAGAGCGCUGAUGAUAAGAGUGUAUAUAGCAUUGAAUGGCUAUUUGAAGAAACAGAUUCAAAACAAAUAGCGUCCAACGGUAGUGUUUAUACUGAAGAAGUAAUAUGUAAAAAACUUGGAGCUUUAGGAGAAACUUCUACAAAUGUUCCAAAAAAUUUAGGCGCAAUACCAAAGCAGGUUAAAAACUUAGCGCGUUCCCGAGCGUCAUCACAAAAGGAGAACAAGAAGCGAGAUUUUAAGAAAGAAAAAUUUGAUGAAAAUGAAGAUAGGUUACUAAUGGAUGCUGUUGAGGCGCAAGUUGCUUUAGUACAGGGAUUAGAAUGUUUAUUCGCUGCGACAAACGCAAACACUGUCGUAAUGCCAACGCCACAUAGAGAAGAUGGUCGUCGGCGAAGUCACCGACAAAGUGGACGAAUUGAAAGAGAAGUUUCCUACAAAACCAGAAAAAGAUCGAUAGAAGAAGUUGCACAAACAUCUACAAAUACACUACUUCCGACUUCAAUGCCAUUAUUAGCUGCCUUUCUCAAUUCAAGAGUAGAAUUUUUGCCGUGCUGCAAUGAAAAUAAUACUCCUUCAGUUGAAACCCAACCUAUAGAAGAAGGUCCAAGAUUGCGACCUUUAAUGGAUAGAAAUCAUAGAAAUCGAGUGCGUAAAGUAAAACGUUCCACCAGGCAACGAAAUAAUUCUUCACAAAAUGAUGAGAAAAAAGAAAAACCUUCAAUCACAGAACAAGGCAAUUCCGGCACAGUUCAUUUCGCGAAGUCAUUCGAUGACACUACAGACGGGGCUAUACAUUGUUUUAUGGAUGAAUAUGGCAACUGGAUGUCAUAUACUUUCGAUAAAAAUGGUUGCGCCCGAACGCAGGCUCUUCCAAUUCCGUUGCCAGGUAAUGAAGAUGCACCAAGAAUUAAGGAAAUCAAACCGGAAGAUAACACUGAAACAGCGGGUGGAAGCUGCGGUUCCUUAGAAUCAGAGGCAGGAACUACUGAAAAUACAAAACCAAAACGUGGUGACAGUGUCGACCAUAGUUCUUCCAAUCAAGGCAGCAAUAACCCACUCCUAUCAAGUAAUAAUAAUGUAUCUGCAAUCGUCCCAAUAAACACAAAUACCACAAAUAAAAGGUUUUAUGUGUUUGAUGGUGGAACUCGUUCUCAUUUAGAACAGGCAAGGUCGCCCGUGGCUUACGUCACCGACAGUCUGCUUGAAGAAAUUGAGAAUGAAAGGCAGAAUCGAAUGGGACUCCCCAGCAUGCAUAUCAAUUACUUAAUGAACCAACAGCGAGCGCAACAAAUGAACGCUCAAUAUGACGCACAAUUUCCGAGUUUGAUACAAUCGUUAAACCAUGAAUUAAAUGAACAAAUAAAUGUUAGUAAAUUGUGUAAAAUGAUGGACGAAAUAAAAAAGAGCAACCAGCCAAAAACAAAGAGUUAUUACAAAUUUAAAUUCUCUAAAACUUUUGAAGUUAAAGUGACGAUGGACCGUUUAAAGUUAUUAGCUUUAUUUGAUAGAAAUUUAACGUUCAAAGAGACCUUUGUGUCGAUAAUGCUGGCGAUAGCGGUCGCAGUUUUGGGAUCAAUGGUUUUGAAUUUAGGAUUUUACAAGGAUAUAUACGCGUUCUGGUUUUGUUUUAUAAUGGCUGGGAGUCAAUAUUCGUUACUGAAAAGUGUUCAACCAGAUUCUGCGUCGCCGGUCCACGGUUUUAAUAAGAUGGUUGUGUUCUCUCGGCCUGUAUAUUUUUGCCUUUGUACAGCGAUACUCUACGCUGUGAGUAGUAAUCUCAAUGAUGACGAUCACACGCGAAGUGAACGAAGCACAGAUACACCGUUGUCAAUAUAUGGCUUAGAAUUAAAUGAAAGAGAUUGCCUUUACGUUGUUCAAGAGAUCUUAUCGAAGUUCCUACUAUUUUUUCCUUUAGCGUUUAGUUUGGGAUUGUUUCCCCAAGUCAAUACAUUUCUUAUGUACUUACUAGAACAAAUUGACAUGCACGUGUUUGGAGGAAACGCAACUAGCAGCUUGAGCGCUGCCGUGUAUUGUGUGAUGCGUUCGCUAGCCGCUGUAGGAACAUUGUAUGGCUUCGCCUACAGUGGCUUGAUAGAAGGCAAAAAAUCGCAGCAUCAGAAACAUAACAUACUAAUAUCGAUAUUUUGCGGCCUGCUAGUGCCCAUAGCGUAUCAUUUGAGUCGUAGCGCAAGUGACUAUAGCCUUAUAUGGAAUUUAAUUAAGAAACACUUAUUACCGCCAGAAUUAUAUAUAGUACACAAUCCAGAGUGUUCGCCAGAGAACGAUAAAACUGAACCAAAUACCAUGACAGAGGAGAAGAAGAAUAAUUCCGAAAGUAACAUUUCAAAACAGAUCUCAGUCGGUAGUUCGGCGUCGAAAAUAAACUUUAGUUCGGAAACAAAUAUCUCGAGAACGCACAAACGCUCCCAAGCGUCUAGUGUUAGUUCACUGAAGUUGGAUCCUAAAGGAGAUACCACGAAUUCCACUUCAUCUCUCAAAGUAGACCCGCCAACUGAAAACGAUGAUAAGACGCGCGAUUCCAAUACUUUAAAUUCCAAUACGAAUAAGCCGGAAUUGGAUAAAUCGGAUGAGGAUAUGGAAGAUCCAUUGCCGAAGAAGUUACAAGAGACGGUUAACGCAAGGUUAAAGAAUGAUGUAAUAGUGUGUACGUUCCUGGGAAUUUUGGUGUUCGGACUUCACUGUACGACCGUAUUCACUACGUUGAAACCACAGCUUAAUACAGUCUUAUGGAUAAUAGUUGGUAGCCUAGGCUGGGUUCUGCAUUACCUAACUCCACAAUUGCGUAAGCAACAACCUUGGCUGUGUCUAGCGGGUCCAGUGUUAAAACAACACGAAUAUGCGCAGUUUGAAGUGACAGAGCCAGCUCGGCUUAUGAUUUUCGAGAAGAUAUUCGUGUAUCUGUGUUUUCUCGAGCGGAACCUGCUAUUUCCCGCGGUGGUGAUUGCGGCGACGACGCAGGAUGCGCCAGCCAUUGCUGAAAAGUAUGGGGACGCGUUGGGCGCGCUUAUUAUAAGCGUAUGCGCAUUGAAAUGUCUCAGAAACGCAUAUUCAGACCCCGAAAGUCAAUACCUGAUCAUCGUGUUUGCGGUGCUUCUCUUUCAAUUAGACCUUGGCUCUCAGAAGGUCUCGGAGACUUUUUUAGUAGACUAUUUCAUUAUGGCCAUCAUUUUUAACAAGUUCUACGAGUUUUUGUUGAAGGUACAAUUCGUUGUGACCUAUAUAGCCCCGUGGCAGAUAACAUGGGGUAGCGCGUUUCAUGCGUUUGCGCAGCCAUUUUCCGUACCUCAUUCGGCGAUGUUGUUUCUUCAAGCUGCGCUAUCAGCUUUAUUGUCAUCACCGCUCACUCCUGCUUUGGGUAGCGCAAUAUUCAUGACAUCAUACGUUCGGCCUGUUAAGUUCUGGGAGAGAGAUUACAACACGAAGCGAGUGGAUCAAAGCAACACGAGACUUUCGUCACAGCUUGAAAGGAAUCUUGGGGCUGAUGACAAUAAUCUAAAUUCAAUAUUUUACGAGCAUUUGACGCGUUCCUUGCAACACUACCUCUGCGGUGAUCUGAUGCUUGGGAGAUGGGGUAUUGUUCAGCAAGGCGAUUGUUUUGUAUUAGCAUCUGAUUAUCUAAACUGCCUGGUGCAUAUCGUUGAAAUGGGUAAUGGGCUGGUCUCCUUCCAACUCCGAGGUCUGGAGUUUCGCGGGACUUAUUGCCAGCAACGUGAAGUUGAAGCUAUUUCCGAAGGACCAGAGGAGAAUAGUGACGGCGUCUGUGGUGGCCGCUGGGUUUGUGGGGGUCGAGUGCUGUCCCCUGGUUCAUGGUGGACCCUCCGUUGGCUCGCCUGGCAGCUGGCGACCUCGAGAUAUGUCCUGGAAGGUUACUCUGUGACGGACAACAGUGCUGUCUCCAUGCUGCAGGUGUUUGACUUUAGGAAGGUGUUACUCACGUAUUACGUUAAGAGUAUAAUCUUCUACACGAUACAGUCGGGUAAGCUGGAGGAGUGGCUGUCGUCUCCGGAACUGAAUGAGGCCCUCAGACCGAUGACGGAGAGGUCCUUUGUCGACCUGGAUCCCAUUUUCAACGUCAAUCUCGAUGAAGACUACGAUUUCAGAGCCUGUGGGAUCACUAGGAGUAGAUUCAUAGCGGUGUACCAGGAGUGGAUCGCGCACUGCGGGGCGAGACGGGGCGCGGCCUGGAGACGAGAUCCUUCUCUGCUGACUCUGUGUUUCGCCCUCAGCUUAUUGGGGAGGCGGGCCUUGGCUGCAGCUCAGCAUCUUUCUGCUUCCAGUGUGGAGUUCUUCUUAUACGGCCUUCAUUCGCUGUUCAAAGGCGACUUCCGAAUAACGUGCGCACGCGACGAAUGGGUGUUUUCGGACGUGUCCCUCCUUCACUCUGUACUUGCGCCCGCUAUACGGAUGGCUCUCAAGUUGCAUCAGGACCACUUCAUGUUCCCCGAAGAAUACUGCAGCAGUGCAGCCCUGUACUCGGCCAUCGUGUCUCACUCCCAGCGGCUUGUGAUCUGCCACGAAGCUGCCCCUGCCUGGAGAUACAACGUUCUACGUGGGGCACCACAUUUAUUGGCGUUAAGGCACGUGAUGGACGAAGGCAACGACGACUACAAGAUUAUUAUGUUGAAUAAACGGCAUCUCGGCUUUAGAGUGAUCAAAUUGAAUCGCGAGUGCGUACGCGGCUUAUGGGCGGGGCAGCAGCAAGAGUUAGUCUAUUUGAGAAAUCGUAACCCUGAGAGGGGCUCCAUACAGAAUGCAAAACAGGCCCUCAGGAACAUAAUAAACUCGUCCUGCGAUCAGCCGAUAGGCUAUCCGAUAUACGUGUCACCUUUGACGACUUCGUACGCGGAUACGUCGGAACAGCUUUGCUCGUUGGUGGGCGGAGCCGUCACCGUCACGACCAUUAAGAAUAAAGUCACGGCUCUCUGGAGACGUAUACGACGACGUUGCGGCGAAGGCUGCUCCAGCGGCGCGGCGUGUGAUGCUCCAGCCGCAGAAAGAGGAGAAGCGGGCAGGAGGCCACCUCUCCAAACGCAAACUGCGGCCUCGAGGGCCUCGUUGGCUUCGCAUAGGGGAGAUUUAGGCGGCACUCGGAGUAGUCUCUCGAGCGCGGGAAAACCAACUUCGUCAACUCUGGCCUCCUUGGCUGGUCUUUUAAGGGAACAACAUUCGCAUGAAAGGACGCAAGAGGAACCUGUAUAUGCCAAUAAUCAAGAGACUGAACCUAGACGACGCAGUGAAGAACGCGGCGCCAGAAGGGAGAGACAUAUGCGUGCGCGGACGCAGCCCGGUCACCGUACGCGCAUGCGUCGCGAGCGUGCACUGCCCGCGUCGUUUCGUUUGCUCGCCGCGUCCGAUAGCGCACGACUCGCCACCGAACAUCGGGACGAACAUCACGAUGAAGCACAGGGUUCUACGGGAUGGGAGUCAGGUUGGCGGGAACAACCACGUCGUGCAGCUAGUGCUAAGGUGUCGUCAAACCUAGGCCACAGCGGCGAUUCGUCGUUAGAAGACGUACGCACGAGUAGCGGCCUCGACGUCUCGUUGCCGGAUUGCAAAAUCAUCGCGAAUAGGAAUGCAAGGCAAGACGCACUCUUUAAAAGGUACUUCAUAAACGAGGGUACGUCGAAAGAUCUCUCGAAAAUAAGCAAAGAAAUUCGCCACGAGCGCGAGAGUUACCGCGAACUAACUGGACGUUAUAUUGAGAAACCCGAAUCGAUACCGUUAAAGGAGACUCACUUUUCGGAAAAGGAUGUUAAAAAAGAGAAGAAAGAGUCGAAAAUAAAGACGAAAAUCAAAAGGUCGGAUUCGUGCAAAAGCGACGUGAAGAUAAAUAUCAGUGUCGGGAGUAAGGUGUUGAUCUUGGAACCGUUGGGCGUGUAUGACUGCAUUAAUCUCGGGAGGAGGAUAGAUGUCCUGUGGCCCUCGGAGUAUGAGCGAGAGAGGGGGGGAAGGAAUUUCUGGGGCAGUUGGGUCCCGCAGGCUGGAAUGGACGGAUUGGUUGUACACAAAUGGACGCCGAAUCAUCGCGACCCCAAACUGAGGUCACACGUGGAUAAAAGUAUUUUACUCGUUCAAAUUGAUGAGAGAUUUGUUCCCAUCGCGGAGACCUGCGUUCAAGACCUGGGGGAUGAGGUCUAGGUUACGGGUGUGUCUAGGUCCUUGUCACCCUCGGAAUGCAAGAGAAUGUAGUAGUAGGUUUUGACGGUGCUCUUUGUGAUUUAAGACAUUUCGGAUUCGACAUUUUAAGAUAGUCACAUUUGAUAUGACAUCUCAAAUUUUGUCCUAGUACACCGGUUACAAAUAUGUAUUACGUCAUUAAAAUGCAGUUUUAUUCAAUAUUAGCAGUAUAGACAAAACUAUUCAAUGUAAUUUCCAUACAAAAUAUUUUUUGUAUAAUAGUUUGUACGAAAAUAGUCGUACGACCAGAAUUUUAGCUCAAAUAUCAAUGGCAUACAAUGUCAUAGUAUGAUUAACUAAUGUGUAAGGCUCUGUAGAGAUACUAGCUUUCAGUAUUGAUUUUAUUAACGUCUUACUAUCAAGAAUCGUAAUAAAAAAUGGUAAAUCAUAAAAUACUUAAAUAUGCAAUCUUAUAACUUGGUUUAUCUGAUGAAUCUAUUUGAUACGAAAUGCCUUAAGUAACCGUUAACUCAUAGUGACACUGAGUACUGUUAAAUCUGAAAUUAUUAGUAAAAUCUAAAUAUUGCCUUAAAACAGUUGGUUUUUAAAGCGAAUGUACAUUAAUAAUGGCUAUAAUUUUAAUAGUAUUGGAAGUGUAUUAUAUUCGAUAUCGUUAAAUAAGAUGUCUUGAGCAGUAAAGUUAUUUAAAUGAAAAGUAUAAAUUAUAGGAUAAUGUUUAUCAAUAUGGUGACGGAAAAUAUACGAAUGCGUGCGUGCGAGUACGCAUACGUCUACGCACGUAUACGUACCAAGUUUUGAGGAUUUACAAAUAUAAUUAUAAAAGAUUAGGGACGGAGUUAUACAUCUUAAUAUAUUAUAAGUCGGGUUUGUUCGAACACUUUGUAACUCAAAAACGGCUGAAGCGAUUUUUUUAUGGUUUGUGAUAUGUUGUAUUCGUAAACUAAAACACUGGAAAGACAAAAACAAUCCAAUACAAAAUGUUUAUAGGUGUGGCCGAUAGGCAGUUUCGGCGAACUUCGUUCGACACGACACUUACGAUACCUGGUAAUACAUAAAAUAUAAUUAAAUCCAUUUACUUGUGUAUCAAGUCAUAGACACUUUAAAUAGUCUACGAAGGAGGUUAACAAUAAGAUUUAUUUAAUAAAAACCUUAAUUUAAAAAAAAAUUGCUAGUGAGAUAUCAGCACAAAAUAACUUUAUUGCUCUCAAGAUUGAUUGUAUAUACACGCUUAUGUAAAUAUUGUAUAUAAUGUAAAUGUAUGUGCUAAUUAAGGAAAUUUUUUUUAUUUAAUAAAACGUGGUUCAAAUGUUUUUAAUGUGAAUUGUUAGCGAAAUUGUAAGUCAGCCGCACAGCGAUGUUUUUACGUCUAAUUGAAAAAUUAAUUUGGAUUUUUUUGUUAUAUCAUUAUCUAUAAAUUUAAAUGAUUUAAAAAAGGUUAUUGUGCCGAACUAAAAAAAAUAUUUACAUCAAAUGCCGUCAUCAGCGUAACGAAACACAUUGCAUUGCUAAAUGUUUUUAAAGAAUUAAUUUUUUCUCUCUCUAUCUUAAUGAUUCAAAUAAAUAUAGGUCUAUGUGUUGUCAACUUUUCUUCGAAUAUACGGUCAAAAACGUCGUUUUUGCGGUUGACAUAUACUUAAUUGGUAUGUAUAUAAUGUGAUUAUAUAUGCUAAUUGUUCUUGGAACGUUGAGUUUUACGAAUUUAUAGAAACUAUCACAAGUUGCUCGUUUUAAAUGUAUGCGCGUCUUUGAUACGCACAAACGUAUGCCAUAAGCCGAACGUUUUGGCUUGUGAAGUGACUGACCUCAAGAGAAUCUAGUGAAGUGUUUCCCAAGUUUUUUUGUGCCAUGUCCCACCUUAGUAAAAUUGUUAUCCCCCUCAUUCAGCAAACCUACAUUAUUUUUAAUUAAAAAAAUGGUUCAAUUAAAGAAACAAAUGAUAUAUAUCAUACUUUUUCUUUUUACGAAGAAAUUACUAGGCCGUUAACAAUUAACGAUACACGAAAAACAUGUAAUGAUAAACUUAAAUUCUAAUUCCAAAUAAAUAAAAUCAAAUUGCCCCCCCAAAAAAAGACUUAAAGUAACUGUGGUCCAACUGAAAGAGGGAUUGCAUGGAUGGACCAUAAAUCUUAAGUACAAACAAAACAUGACGUGUUCCGUCUUAUCAAACAUUCUUAAACCCUUGCAUGAAUGAUACAUAAAUGUUUAGUCUUCGAAAAUACUUAGUUGUCGUUGAUCAUACAAUAAAAAACGCGAAAGUGCUACAUAAAUAUUUUGUUCUGAAACUUAUCUUCAAUUAAAUUUCUUAAUUGAAUACUAUUUUGAUACCAACGAAUUCAAGAGACAGUUAAGCCAGUUGUUAGCCAGCAGUUGAGCUUUAAAUUAUUUAUUUUCAAAUCACAUAGCCUUACCGAAUAAUGUUUACUUAUCCCGCUGCCACUUCACAAAGCCGAUGCGUAUCAUUAAUAUAUUACAAAUGUAAAUUCAUUAAAAAUUUAAAUCGCAAAUAAUGCAUAUCAUGUUAAAUCCUUUAACAAAGUAGCGAAUUACUUGAUAUUUUCGUUAAUUAAGUUGUUACCAUAAAACUUAGCCGACUUUGCUUUUCGUUUUUACUAAAGGUUUUAGAUUAUUACAAUUUUUUAAAGAAAUCCUAACUAAAUCAUGACCUCUUAACUAGUUUUAUUGUAUUUUCGUACAUAGACUACAUUUGAAAUCUCUUAGAAAACACAAUCCGUCCACAAAGAAGUGUUUUCUGAUUUUGUUCAAGCCCUUAGCACGAACGAUACAUAAAUUGCGAUAGUAACAUCAUGUAUGGAAAAUGUGAGCGCUCUACUGCAUUAUAAAUCUUAAUGUUCGUCUUAUUUCGUACUACAUCGUAUAGUAUAUGUGACGAUAACUGUCAGAAAGUUUGUGCUAAGGGUACGCACGUGUUCGUAUACGUAGUUACGUGUAAGUUAUGUCGUUCACAUAUAAACGAACUUUACUUUACAACAUUUUUGUCCAACCCUGAUGAUUGUGUCAGUCUGUUUUAUGAGAGAAUUCUUAUCAAUUGCGAAUUUAGUUCAUUUAAAAUUAAGUUUGUACUUAUUGGUUUAAAAUUUUCGCACAUGCUACUGAAUCAUUGAAUGUACUAUUUAAUUAUACUUCAAAAUGUUGCCUAAACUUUUACUGGUAUGCCAAAAUAAACAUGAACCACGAUAUUCGAUGUUCGAUAAACCACAUAACGUGUUAUAAAAAAUCUGAUUAUAAAAUAAAAUUUUAAACCUUAA